AUGGAUGCUACCCACCGCAUGGUUUGUCGAGAUGAUUUGUUCAAUCCUCUCACCUCAAUGGGCUUGCAAUUGUCUUGCAUUCUUGUCAUCUCCCACUUCUUUCACCUUGUGCUCAAGGCCUUGGGUCAGCCUGGACCCAUUGCUCAAAUUUUUGCUGGAAUGGUGCUGGGUCCUUCAGCGUUGUCAAAUUUCAAACCAAUCAAAGGGUUUUUUUUUCAAACAACUGCUGCAGAUUUCUAUCAAGUUUUUGGUCUAUUUUGCCGCAUCAUAUUCAUGUUCCUAAUUGGGCUCGAGACAGAUGUUCCUUAUGUAAUGAGAAACAUUCGUGCAGCGAGCAUCAUUGCUUAUGGAGGUGUUUUUUUGGGAUUUGUCUUUGGGCUUGGAUGCUCCUUCUUUUUGCAGCAUCAAUUAGAAGUUGAUGAUCAUUUCAAGUCACCAUACGUGUUUUCCCUCAUGUUAAUCCUAGCAUACACAGCCUCUCCGGUUGUGAUUCGUUUGGCAGGGGAGCUAAAGUUUGAUACUUCUGAUGUGGGACGAUUGGCAAUAGCUUCUUCAUUGAUAGCAGAGAUGACAUGCUUGCUGCUUUUCAAUUUCAUGCUUGCUUGCCAUUCAAGAAACCUUUUCAAAUAUGGGUUUUAUUGCUUCUUCCUUAGCGUUUUAGUCAUGGUUAUAAACAAGUACUUAUCUAAUUGGUUCAACAAACGAAACCAUACCCAAAAGUACUUGAAAAAUACAGAGGUUUUUAUUAUCUUGUCGUUUGUUAUAGGCAGUGCAAUGUUUAUGGAAUGGGCUAAUUAUAAUAGCAUAAUGAAUUGCUUUGUCAUUGGCUUGAUGUUCCCUAGAGAAGGAAAAACUGCUCGGACAUUGUUGCAUAAACUCACCUAUUCUGUUCACAACUUUAUACUUCCCAUUUACUUUGGAUACAUUGGCUUCCAAUUUAAUGGGAUAUUUCUGAAUAAUUGGGGGAAUGUACUUAUUGUUUUGAUCCUAGUGUUGUUGAGCAUUGGCAGCAAGAUUGGUGGCACACUUGCUGCUUGCCGGUACCUAAAGAUUCCAUUGAAUGAGGGAGUUCUUAUCGGAUUCGUUAUGAACCUCAAAGGCCAUGCUGAUAUACUCUUUAUAGGCUCUGCCUCAAAGUUGCUUAUUGUGUGGAGUCCAAAAGCUUACAACUUGUUCCUAAUAUCAAUAGUGCUUAACACAUUAAUUUCGGGGCCGGUUGUGGCUUUCCUAUUGAGAAAAGAAGAAAGAUUGUUUGGAAAUAUGCGAACAGCACUUGAAAUCCAUGACCCCGGUGAAGAGCUUAGGUUGCUGGCAUGUGUUUUUGGACCUCGUCAGGUAUCGCCCAUACUUGGAAUCAUAUCAGGAUUAAGCGGGUCUCAAACAGCACCUACCACCCCUUAUUUGAUGCACCUAAUAGAGCUACUCCAAAAAUGCAGGACCAAAGUAUCUUAUCAUGAAAAAGAACAAAAUGAACUUAGUGAUGAUGAAGACUAUGGUGGAAAUGAUGUGAUAGGAAUCCAUGAAGCUGUGGAUACAUUUACUGCUGAGACUAAAAUUUUUAUCCAUGUGGGGAAAGCAGUAUCAGCCUUUGCAAGCUUAUAUGAGGAUGUGUGUAACAUCGCUGAGGACAUGCGAGUCUCCAUUAUUCUCCUCCCAUUUCACAAGCACCAACGAAUUGACGGGAAAAUGGAUAAUGGAAAGGAGGGCAUUAGGACUACCAACCAUAAGGUUCUUCGCCAUGCCCCAUGCUCUGUUGGCAUCAUCGUGAACCGAGGAACCGAAGGGGUCCCCGGGUUCUCACAACUACUUGGCUCUGAAUCUAUACAACAGGUUGCAACUCUUUUCUUUGGUGGUCCUGAUGAUCGUGAGGCCGUGGCGUGGAGUAGACGCAUUGCCGCUCAUCCUCGUGUAAAUUUGACUGUCAUUAGGUUCCAACCAGCUUCGUUAUUAUCAUCAUCAAGUGUACACAAUUCCCAUACUGAUAAUGCAUCAGAUGAGGAUGAUGGGAUGCUAAUGGCACUAUCAAGACUAGAGACUGGGAAUGGCAGGAAUGAAGUUGACAAUUCUUUCUUGACCGACUUCUAUAAUAGGUAUGUGACCUCGGGUCAAGUUGGGUAUGUGGAGAAGAGUGUGAACAAUGCGACAGAGACAGUGGCAGCUUUGAGAGGCAUUGGAGACAUGUACUCGUUGUUCAUAGUAGGCAAAGGUGGGAGAGGGCACUCACCACUGACAACCGGAAUUUGUGACUGGGAGGAGUGUCCUGAGCUUGGAACGGUCGGAGAUCUUCUGGCUUCUUCAGACAUCAACAUCAAUGGCUCAGUCUUGAUUAUCCAACAACAUAGGCAGUUAAAGAAAGAUCUUAUGGGUGAUUAA